CCGUCGUCGUUGUCGUCGUCGUCAUUCGCGUAUCGCGCCGCGCUUAGCCUGGCUUCUCCUUCUCCCCCUCAGUCUUCGCUCGCCGGCCGUUGGCAGAGGAUCUAGCAUCGAUCGCGGCUCUCGCGAUUGUAGAUCUUCCGUGUUCGUACAUCGCGCGCAAUUUUUGCCAUUCCCAUGGGAAGCAUGUUGCUGCGACGUGAGCAUCGCGGGGUCCCUCGGGCCCACGCGAUCGCGCUCUCUUGAGACCCGUGACGUCAUCCCGAUGGUCCAUCUCCUCAUCCAACAUCCUUCUCUUCCUGAUCCUUUCCUAUCCGAUCCUCGUAAGGUCGCUCUUAUGGAUGGGAUAUCGCGUCGGGAGUGCGUAACGUCGGGCUUCUACAUAUAACGCUCUUCGAGCUUUUUCGUUUCUCGAGAAGUGUAAGUCGAAAAAUUGGGCCACCGUUGGAUUUCUAAAACGGCUGACCGGACUUUUCGGUUCCUGGACAUGUAGAUGCAAGCGUCGACCGCAGGACCGUGCCACGACGUGAGCAUCACCGACGUGAACUCCAACCAUCAUCAUCACCAUCAUCAUCAUCAUCCCGAACAUAAUCAGCACGACCAUCGGCCUCAAGACCGAAUUCCAUCCUCCUCCUCGAUGUCUACCUUGCUAUGCUGCGAGCCAGUAUCGGCUGGCCGGCCUCGGGCCAAUCUGAAACUCGUGCUGAAUCGCAGCCUGAGUGAGCCAGGACCGAGUCCUUGUGCCUUCCCAGCCUCGCCAACCGUUUCACCGAUCGCCACCUCUGUCGUUAAUAACAACACUAGUAAUCCUACUGUACCCUCGAUUAUUAUCGACGAAGAAACGAACGGCGACGACGACAACGACGUCCAUCGCCGUAGCUUCCACCACCUCCACUAUCACCACCAUCAUCAUCAUCACCAUCUUCACCAUCUACACCAUCAUCAGCACUUGUCGAUAACCACGAAGCGUUGCAAACUGGAGACCGCUAGUCUGCCCAAUAGUCCCUGUGCGGAAAACGGCACCCUUCAUCGUCAGCUGGUGCUGAGCAAGACCCGCGUCGUCACUUCCGGCAAUCUCGCUCAGCGUCUCGCGCGUCUCGAUCGACCCUCCGCCGUUCCGCCGGUGAUUCUGGACUGCAGACCGUUUAUAUUAUAUAAUGUCAAUCAUAUACGCGGCGCUAUCAACGUCAACUGCUCGGAUCGUUUCAACCGACGCAGACUCCAACUGGGGAAAGCUACUCUUGCCGAUCUCGCAACUGCUCGCGAGGGCAAAGAACUGCUCAGGAGGAGACAGUUCAAAGAAGUUAUAGUGUACGACGACUGUACCGAUGACCUGGAGCAUUUGCCCGUUCAACAUCCAUUGUUUUUGGUACUCGCCGCUCUUGUGGAUGACGAUCGGGAACCCGCUCUGCUGAUCGGUGGACAUAGGGAGUUUCACAGGCGGCAUCGAGAACUAUGCGAAGAUACACUUUUGCCGAACGGCACCGCCAUCGAUACCUCGACGACGACGACGGUAAGCGGUUGCACGAGUCCCGGACCGGGUUGUCCCGUGCUAAGCGUCUCCGGUCCACCCACCCCGCAGCCAGCCGACAUCGACAGCCACCCGGCAUCCCGCGUGUUACCGUUCCUUUAUCUCGGUAACGGUCGGGACGCCGCCGAUCUGCAGCUACUGCGUGCCCUCGGUGUCACCCGAGUGCUAAACGUCACCUCACAAUUGCCCGGUUACCACGAGGAACGGGGUAUCACGUACAGGCAGAUACCCGCCUCGGACUCUGGUCAUCAGAACCUGAAACAAUACUUCGAGGAAGCGUUCGACUUUAUCGAGGAAGCGCGGAAAGCCGGAAGUAGCGUGUUGGUGCACUGUCAAGCCGGCGUAUCGCGCAGCGCGACGAUUGCGAUCGCCUACAUAAUGCGGCACAAGGGCCUGUCGAUGGUGGAGGCGUACAAGCUGGUGAAGAACACGCGUCCAAUCAUCAGCCCAAAUCUGAAUUUCAUGGGUCAGCUAUUGGAACUCGAGCAGGGCCUGCGGGCGUCCGGUGACGUCGUCAACUCUGCGCCAGAAGAUUCCGCGACAACGACGACGACGACGGCGUCAACGACGACAACGACGAGUAGCUGUCAUCAGUGCAGGUGGAGUCAUCAGCCUAAUAAUGAAGAGGUGGUCACAUCCGGUUGUAGCGUUUGAGACCGGGACCUUCUUUCCGUAUCUUCUUUUUUUUCGAUCCUUUUCGAGAAUACCGAUCGAAUCGUCGAAGCCGGCAUCGGAGCAUCGCAAACGUGCGGUAAACAUAUCCCGAGAUAUCAUCGAGAGCGAAUGUCGACGUUCUUCCUGUGCCUCUUCGUGACAAAUGGCCCGGAUGAUUACUAAUUCCCGGGAUUGGAUGGUCGAUCGUUUAAAGAUAUCAAUCGCGGCUGUAAAAAGAAUUGUGCGACAAUGGAGCCUGCGAUCGUUUUUGAAAUUAUGGAGAUUUUGAUUUUUCAAUAUUUGGAUUAUGUGUCGUAUUUUUUAUCCAAGGCUUUCUGGCCUAAAAAAUAUUCGCCCUUCGCAUCUUUAGUUUUUAGAAUGAAGAUGUUCUUAGAUUCUCAGAUUCCGUGUCUUCGAAACGACCAUCCAGUUAAAAGGUAAGCUGCCAACUUGACAGAUCAACUUAUUAAGGGACUUGAAGGAAAUGUAUGAAGAAGAUAUGUCACACUCUUAUGACAAAUAACUUAUUUCUAUAAAUAGAUGCAUUGUUCUCCAUGUAUUGAAAUACUACAUCUCGUAUCACAUAUUAAAAUUAGUCUGUACACUCCAUAUGCGACAAUAAAUCACUUUGACACCAGUCGAGCAGCUUUAGCUGGAUAAGCUUAUUACGAAUGUGACAUACCUUCUCUUCACGCUUGUAUCUAAAGAAAAAAAUAAUAGAAAGGGAUUUUUUACUUCGGAGAGGCGCAAAAUGGUAGGGAGCGUAUUCCGUAUCAGAGGAACUUGAGCACGCUCUUUUUUUUACUUCGACAACGAACACCAACGCGUCGCGAUUAUUUAUUUUCAGAUAAUGUUCAAUCGCGGUAAACAUUACUUGUACUUACGAUAUACAGUGUUCCCUAAUACGCCUGGUCAAGUCAAUGGAGAGGCAAGUAAAACAUGUGGAGUGCUCGUUAACGAGCUUCUCAUUAAAUAAGCGGUCAAGUGUUGUCGUCCGACAUUGUUUAUGCAAGAGGAAGCGAGGGAGGAGGAUACGAUGUUGACGGAAGUGACUGUUUAAAUGAUUAAUUAUAGGCAGCUUGAAAUAUCGAGGAAGACUCGGAACUAAAUAUUGAUACAUAAUAUGUUAGUUUUAAAAAAAGACUAAGGAAUAAUAUUGAUCAUUAGGUCCACGAUUAUUGUAUCACAAUUGAAAUAUAAUUUAACGUUAAGCACAAUACAUUGGCAUGUGCUAAUAUAAAAAAAAAUAGCAAUAUAUAUUUUUUAUCCGUAAUGUAUUGGUUUUGCGACAUCCUGUUUAAAACAGUUUAAAGAUACAAGAUAUAUUAUCUCAUAUAAAACAUAAGUUUAAAUCGAUGUAACACUCACAAACAAGUAAAUGAAUCAAAAUUUAUUAAAUCCUUUUAUUUAUUAAAUAUUUUUUUCUAUCAACAACGCGAUAUCAACUUACAAUAGGUAAAAAUCACGCUUGCCUCUCAAUUGACCUUCUUCAUAUCAGGCAUAAACUUUUGCUAGAAAAAUUAUCCUCAGCAUGGAGAAGAUAGUUGUCUAAUCAACAUGUAUGGGGUGUCACGAGAAAAAAAAUGAGGUUCUAGUUUUUAGACUAAUAAAGUUACUUUUGCAACGAUGUGUCAUCUUAAAUAUUUUUUAUUUUAAUCUGUUUUUGCGUUAUACAUUUUCUUUUGUUCAGUUAAUGUGGGAAUAGUAACAACUUAAUUAAUUUCAAUGUUAACCGUGGAAGUAAAUAUUAAGCAUGACAGAUUGUAUUUUCGUAGAAAUUUAAUUUACUAAUAUUUUGACGUAAAACUAUACGCACAAUAUUACAUAUUCUUAUAAUAUUAGAACUGUUUUAAUUCACGUUUUAUUUCAAAUAUGAAUAAAUAAAAAAUUAACUAUUUUGUAUUAUUUUCAAAAUAUUGCCUUUAAAAUUAAAUAUAUUUAAUAAAUAAUGAAAUAUAUAAAUGAAGAAGGAAAAUUUUCUUUGAAGACGUAAUAAUUCUUUAUUACUACUACCUCGUCCAUAAAUAUUUGCUUAUGUGAUAUUGUAGAGACAUAUGAAAUUGCAAAAUCUUAACAAAAUUGCAGCAACAUUGUGCGAUGUAAGUGCAAUACUUAUACAAUCAUUGAAUGCUGCAAUUUUUUUUAAUACUGAAUUAAAAAUUUUUUUUUGUAUUUCUCAAAGACAUGAUGAUAAGAAUUUCAAUUAGAAAAUGAGACCCAAUAAAUAAAUACAAUUGAUUAAAAAGAAAAAACAUCCUUCUCCAACCCCCCCUCUCUUAAAAUCCCGCAAUAAUAUUAUCCAGAAUGUAAAGAAAGUUGCGAUUCUGUAAGUAACCGAUACUAUAUGAGUGAUAUAACGUACACAUUUUUUCUCGAGGCACCCUUACAUCAAGAUCAAGUAAAACGGAAUGUUAAUUUAAUGGCGAAUUACUAAGAAGUCUCUAUGGAAGGAAAAAAAUGUUCAUUAAAUGAAAUAAAAAUGAUUGUCAAUAAUUUAAGUUAAUAUAUAUCAAAACAAAUGCAAAAGUGAUAGUGAGAGAAAAAGAAAGAGAGCGCGUAAAUGACGAGAAAGGAGAGCAAAGAUAUAAUAAAGUGAAUCGAUCGAGACCAUUAAUCGAGAGCGGAAAUUCGCCUGUUUUGCGUCUAUAUUUCGAUUGCAACGCGGUUAAUAUUUGAUAAAAAAUAUAUUAUAAUAUAUCGUUCACUGAAAAUAGCUUAGUUCGUUAAGCUCCCUUAGCAUUUAAGGAUCUGGUUGAGAUCCAACCAUCGUGAUCUAGUCGUUUGUUGGGAUGAUGAUACGUACGAUGUAACUGAAACGAUACGAAGAUGCUCUGUAAUCUACGGAAUAAGUGUAAUGGUCAGAAAUACUAAAUCAUAUAAUUAUUAGAUAAGAUACAAAGAGAUGAUGGAAGAAAAAAAUUGACGCGCUGAACUUUCCGACUUAUCCUUUAAAAGGAAUAGUGAAAUUCAAGGGAAUAAAUUUACUGUGCCAUGUAACAGCACAAUCUCGCGGUUCGACCAAUGAAAAAAAAAAUCUUAACGUCGCAAAGGCGCCUUGUUAACGAUUUAAUUAUAUUAUCGACAAUAACUUUUUGUGGAGAAGCUAUCGUGAAUCGCGAGAGGAGAGUUGCGAACGACGGGGAAGUAGAGGGAGAAAGAACCAAGUUCCUUAUAGAAAUUUCGUCGAAGAAUUCUACGACGAAUUCUCGAUUAAUUGAAGAAUUUUCAAAGAACGGUACAUAUCAGUGAAGCGUUGCCUUGCGAUAAACGACGAGAGAACUGAUAAAUAGUCGUAGAAGCGUACGGUAUAGACAAUUAAACGAUUUAAACAAUUAGUUACCUUGCCAGCGAUCGGGAGUAGAGAAAAAAAGAUGGAAAUGGGGGUUGAUAGAAAUGUAGAGUACCUGUUGCAUCACACAAAAUUUGUACGUAUUUUAUCAAGACAAUGGCAAUAAUAGCUAAUACAACGACUUGCGAUAAAUCAUGGCAUUUUUCAUUAAUCAAAUGAUAAUCUAAAUGGCUAGAAUUAAUCAGUCGUUUACUUUUGAAUUUUUGAAACAUGCUUUAUUUCUUGCGAUUUGUAGUGUUGAAUAAAAUUCAGAUUUUUAAUGAAAGAAAGAUAAAGUGCGUCACAUUUUCGCUUAACUUAUUCCCUUAUCUGUUUAGUAAGCUUAAACAAUAUAAUUUCUUUUGAAUCGCGAGUUCUUCAUGUCGAUCCGAUUAAACUUCCAAUGUGUGUGUGUUUUACACAUCUAAAAUUUUAUAUUAUAUAUAUCUUAAUCUUAUUAUGUUAUUAAAAAUAAUUUUUUCAAUGCAAUUGACAUUUUUUUUUAUAAUUAUCGUUAAUCGAAAUUGUACUCUUUCCUAAAGAAUUUUUACUCUUAUUCUUAAAAAUUAUCAUUUAAUAUCAGUCCUGAAAAUAGUCUUUUACGAUUAGAUAAUAAUACACUCGCAUGUGUAAGCAAUUUGGUGAUUAUUUAUUGCACGUCGUCGUAUUUUUUAUUGUUAACGUGUGUGUGUGCGUGCGAAGGGUAUCGCUUGCCCUUUCGAGAUGUUUGCGCUUUUUAGAGAUAUCUUCUUACGAAUUAAUCGAUAUAUCUUUCUUUAAGCGCGACAAAGUAUUUUAACAAAGUUUUAUACAACGUUUUGAAAAAUUACAUUAAAAUCUUAUAAAUCGAAUUUCCGCGGCUUUUCAGCGGAAUAAGUUGCGACAAACAAAUCUUGGCAGAAUCAAAGCGUACAUUUCGAAAAAAUAAAAGCAAAGGGCGAACGUAUAAAAAAAAAAAAACAGGAAGGAUUUUGGAGGAAAGAGAGAAAGACCCUAAAUGUAUGAUCGGAUCCCAACGAUUUGUAAUGUACAGCUACGUAGCGAUUAGAAAAUAUUAGCGUAAAGAUGUAACUAUAUUGCGUAUGUGCGUGCAAGUAUUGUAUUAUAUUAAAAAAUUUAUUUAGUUAUUUUAUGAAUAAAAAUGCAAACACA